AUCGCCCUCGAAAGGAACGUUAAUCGAUGCGUCCAGUGAACGAAUCGAAAGAGGAAUACAAUGUUGUGCGCGAAUUCCGAGCAAAAUGGAAACAACGGCGUGAUAGUUUCGCAAGUCGCGAACCUUCACGCGCCGCAAGACUUCACCGUUUCGCGCCUUUUAUCCACGCCGACUCAUUCGUUGGAAUGCAACGAGAGUUCCUCGCCGGCCGCGAGCAGGAGACCCAGACGAAGCAGAACGACGUUUUCGGCGCAACAAUUGGCUGCUUUGGAAAGGGUCUUUGAAAGGACGCACUAUCCCGACGCUUUCGUCCGGGAGGAACUGGCAACCCGAGUGUCCUUAUCGGAGGCCAGAGUCCAGGUAUGGUUUCAGAACAGACGCGCGAAAUUCCGUCGGAACGAAAGGAGUUCUGCUAUUAACCGCGGAGUCUCCUCGAGCAGGGAAAUGGAAGCCGCGUUGCCUCUGCGGCCAAUCCGAGUAACCCACGCCCCGGAAAACAACACGGAAGCUUUGCAAACGUCUCAAACGGCCCCGUAUCCGUACACCGAAUACUGGCGGUCGUCGCAACACUACGCUUCCAUGCAAGCGACGACAACCUGCCACGGGUUCAUCAACGGUAAUUUGGGAAACGUGAAUCUUCCGUCUUACCAUCAGACGGAAAUUCACGGGGGACUAGAGGGAACCGCGAUGAACAGUCUGAACGCGCUUAGGUUCAGAACGCAUCCGUACGGAACCGCGUACUCCGCCAUGCACGCGAGCAUGUAA